UGUAUCUUUGAUGGAGGUAAUCCUCCAUAGCGUUUCUAUCGUGAGAAUCGUAGCACGUGUUGUGUCUGCACAAAAUGGCGAGCGACGACUUGCAGCUGUUUCAACGCGCGGACGCGGACAGCGAUCUGUCGGUCAAGGAGCGAGAGCAGAAAAUUAUCGACAAAGCGCCCUUUGCCAAGCUUAAAAUAAGAAACGCGAAAAUCUUAGACACUAUUGAAGGGAGGGAAAUUUGCGGCAAUUGCUUCAAGUCGAGGAAAUUUUUUUGUUACACUUGUUGCUCGCCUGUUAUUGACGAAAAAUACAUCCCUAAAGUAAAGUUGCCGAUCAAAAUUGACAUAAUUAAACACGCUCGAGAAAUCGAUGGAAAAAGUACCGCAAUCCAUGCAGCAGUGAUAGCGCCAGAGGAUGUGCGGAUUUACACGUAUCCAGAAUUCCCUGAAAUAUCGAGGGAUGAAAAGGUGGUAUUAAUUUUUCCAAGUAAAUCAGCUCAGAGUAUAGAAGAGCUGUUUACCAGAAAAGUGGAAGAUCGAGGUCGGUUAAUUGAGGAAAGAAUUCAGAAUGAAUUUCCGAUUACGCGAGCAAUUUUUAUAGAUAGCACUUGGCACCAAACUAAAUCUAUUUACAAGGAUCAAAGGCUACGGGAACUUUGCUGCGUAGUCUUGAAAUCUCGCAUCUCACAAUUUUGGAGGCACCAAAAAUCUAGUCCGCGGUGGUACUUGGCGACGAUAGAAGCCAUCCACCAGUUUUUGGUUGAAUUGCACACGAACGCUUUUGGUGCAGUUGAAAAUUAUGCCAGUGAAGCAGAAAUCGGAGAAAACGCUGGAGCGAUAUUUACUGAAGAUGAGGAAACCAUGAGGAAAGAUUCUGACUCCUCGAGACAAAAGUAUUCCGGACAAUACGAUGACUUGUUAUACUUUUUUAAAUAUAUGUAUGAAAAAAUUCAUAGCAUAUACGAUCACGAUAAAUUGUAUGCCUACAAACGACCGCUGACUUGAAGGAAUAAUAAAAAUAUAACUUAUAUCGUUUGUUUCACA